GCCCCAGUAACGGGCCAGAAGCCGCGGGGGAAAUUGGUAGGCGGUGGUGCUAGUGUGCACCAGAAACUUGGAUUUAGAGGCACUUCCAGCCCGGGAACGAUGGGGGUUGGCUGUGAAUGGGGGACAACACCUCGGCUAGAUCGCGGGCGGGGAAGAACGCAGCGUUCACAGAGGUCGCAAAGGUAUCACCGAAGAAGAAACAGAAGCUGAAGAAUGGAAUCCCCGGGCCAAAGACGGGCUUUCAAAGAAAAGAAACAGCAGGGGAAGAGAAAGAAGACAAGAAGAGAGAGAGAGAGAAAGCGAAAGGGCCGGAGACGGAGUGGAGACGUGGAGGGAAAGUUGGAAUGGCACAGCCUGGGCUUAGUCACGCAGCCCGGGCAUGAUACAUCAUACGCCUCCAUACCGGGUAUAGUACGGUCACUAGUUAGUUUUUC